UGAAAAUCGGCGGGCAACUGUGUCUGUGAUACAGAUCGAUUUAUUGGUUCGUUUGAAGACUCGCGCGUAUAAUACUGUUACUCGCGAUCGUCACCAGGGGACUCUGCAGAGCUUCAAAUAUUUCCGGAAACGCCCAUUUUUUCGUCGACGACGCCAUAUUUUUUUUUCUCGAUAACACGUAUAGCGUAACUAGCCUGUUACAAAUAUUUUAUUUUGUAAUUGUAGCGUAUUUAGCAAGUGUACUUAGUUUCUAAGUCAUCAUAAAGUGUUUGUUUUAUCAUUAUGUCUGAUUCGGAUUGUGAUAACAGCCCUAAGGCUCUAGAAGGUCUUUUACGCAAACGUGCCUCUCAGAAGGGCGUUUUGACGAAACAUUUUAAUUAUUUUCGUGACACUGAUGGUGCGGAACUCGAUCGCCAGUGCCUUUCCAUAAAGGAGGAGAGGUUGAGGGCUACGUUUGACAGAUUUGAAAAACUUAACUUAGAGAUAUGCGCGCUUAAUCCAGACGCGGACGACUGUGACGCUGUUGAAACAAAAUACUUGGAAACGCUAACUCUGAUAAAACGCUUAAUGCAAAAGUUAGAUGAUAACCAGGUGGUUAGCCCUCCCCCACUGCAGACCAUGGCAACGAAGCUGCCUGAAAUAAAUGUUCCGAUCUUUGUAGAACGUCGAGCCCUUGCACUUGAAAAUGCUGAGAGAACUCAGGUGCAAUUCCCCGUUUCAAAGGCUGCUCACACAGUGACAGUGAAGGACGUUGCAGGAGCCACUGUUAAGUCAGCACCGCCGCCACUUGCCUGCACACUAUGUGCUGUUGCCGUCUGAGCAUUCCACAACUGUAAGCAGCCUGUCAGAGAAUGGAGCCAGCCAGCAACUGCCGGUUCUACACACACAAUUUGGAUAUGUGAUUGCAGGGUCCAUCCCAACUAAUCAGCAUUCAAGCCAAGUAACAUCAUUAUUUUGCAAUACAUGUGACACGUCGCUUAAUGACACGCUCUCCUCGUUCUGGGAGUCUGAAAGGGUUCCUGAAUUUUUUCCAGAAAAACUCCCGGAGCAUGAGACCUGUGAGCAAAUGUUUUGUAAUUCUGUGAAUCUAGAUACACAAAAUAACAAGUUUGAAGUUGCAUUACCUCUUAAAUUACCACUAGAGUCAAUAAAUGAAACACUUGGCCAAACUUUCAACUUAGCUCUCAAAAGGUAUCUAAAUUUAGAAACUAGAUUUCAAAGGGAUCCAGAGCUACAUAAGCUGUACUCUGAAUUUAUUCACGAGUAUGUACAACAAGGCCAUGGUACAUUCAUAGAUAUCAGUCAAUAUAAUCUUGAUUCUGAUCCAGUUUAUUUUCUAUCACAUCACGCAAUUCUUAGACCAGACAAAAAAACAACUAAGUGUCGUGUAGUUUUUGAUGCUUCAAUGAAAAGCAACAAAAAAGUAUCACUUAAUGAUUUAUUGUUAAAUGGCCCUGUGGUGCAGAAAGAUUUUAUAGACAUUUUAUUGUUGUUUAGAACUGGGGAAUUUAUUUUUGUAACUGAUAUUAAAGCAAUGUUUAGAAAUAUAUCACUCGCCCAAAAAUAUAGAUCAUUGCAAAACAUCCUUUGGAGGGAUACCCCCAAGGAAAAUAUUCAAUGUAUACAGCUAAAUACAGUCACUUAUGGACUCAAGUCUUCCUCUUACUUAGCUACACGGUGCUUGAAGGAGUUGGCUGUCCGACAUAGGGAACAGUUUCCACUGGCUGCUCAUAUUAUUGAACACUCUACAUAUGUAGAUGAUGCCUUAGUGUCACAUGAUUCAUCGGAACUGUUAAUUGAAUCAAAAAGGCAGCUAUGCACUUUACUAGGAAUUGGAGGCUUUCAUUUGCACAAAUGGUACUCAAAUUGCGCUUCAUUGUUAGAUGACAUACCAAAAUCGCAACAACAUUUUGAUGAUAUAGAGUUAGGGAAAGAUAAUGAUGCUUCUCUAAAAACUUUGGGUAUAAGUUAUAACAUUAACACCGACUCUUUCAUGCUUUCGUCACCCAGCACUAACGAAAACAUGCCUACAACCAAGCGUGACAUUUUAAGCUUUAUUGGGAAGUUUUAUGACCCCUUGGGUUAUGCAGGGCCGAUCCUGGUAACCUCGAAAGCAAUCAUGCAACAGCUUUGGCUAGCAAAAGUAGGUUGGGAUGAAAGGCCGCCUGACGAGUUGCUAAAGGUAUGGUGUGAAUUUUUUGACAGCUUACAAGUCAUGUCACCUAUAACCAUCGCACGGCAUGUCGGUGUAUGCAACGCACGCUCUGUUCAGAUAAUAGGUUUUGCAGACGCCUCGAGCACCACAGCCUACGGGUGCUGUAUAUACCUACGUGUCACCGACCAAACAGGUAAAGUAAAAAUAUCAUUGUUAUGUUCAAGGUCGCGUGUGAACCCGAUAAGGCAAAGUCUAACUGUACCCAGACUUGAGCUCAAUGCUGCAGUAAUGCUUGCAAAACUGGUCGUCAGAGUGUAUGACACGUUGCAUCAUAAAUUAAACAUAGGUGAUGUUCACUUGUACUCGGAUUCACAAAUAGUCCUAGCAUGGAUUAAAACCAAUAUAACAUCGCUUAAUACAUAUGUGGGAAAUCGAGUGAAGGUCAUCACACAGCUUACUCACCAGUACCGCUGGUCUUACAUCCGCUCAGAGGAUAACCCCGCUGACUGUUUAAGCAGAGGAGUCCUACCCAGCGAGCUGCACAAUCAUCCUCUGUGGUGGGAAGGCCCAGAGUUUUUGCAUAAAGGUGAGUAUACAUUAAUGGAUAUGCCUCAAUUACCGGUUCCCGGCGAACUACCUGAAAUUAAGGCUUGUGCAGUAUUUUCGGGCUCUUUGGUUUGUAUGGUCUCUAGUACAAAUGAACAACUUUUACAGCUAGAUUUUCUAGACAAGUACUCUGAUAUAAACAAAAUGCAACGCAUUUUGGCUUACAUACUACGUUUUAUUCAAAAUGUGAGGUCAAAUAGCGCAAAAAAUAAUUUAAAUUAUAUAUCCAGUAAAGAAUUAAAUGACUCAUUGUUGUUGAUAAUUAAAUAUGAACAGCAAAAAUACUUGAAAGAAGACAUUCAUAAUUUAAAGUGUAAGCAAAGUAUUUUAAAGGGUAAUUUAAAACCACUGUGUCCAUUCCUUGAUAACAAAGGUCUAGUUAGGGUAGGAGGUCGUUUGGAAAACUCAUCGAUGCCCUAUUCACAAAAACAUCCUGUUGUUUUGCCACGUGAUUCCCGCGUGACACAUUUAAUUAUCCACGCCGAGCAUAUUAAAAAUCUACAUGCUGGCCCUAGGAUUGUUUUGUCAACUAUUAAUCAAAGGUUUUGGAUAGUUCAUGGAAUGAGAGAGAUUAAAAAAGUCUUACACAAAUGUAUAACUUGUUUCAAACUGAAAGCUAAUUCAGCGAAACAAUUAAUGGGCACGCUUCCACAUGAUAGAGUCAACGCUUGUAGGCCAUUCCAAAAGGUAGGUCUAGAUUUUGCAGGUCCAAUAAUUAUUAAACAAUCUAGGAUCAGAAGGUCGUUAGAAACAAAAGCGUAUGUUUGUGUGUUCGUUUGUUUUGUAACUAAGGCUAUUCAUUUAGAGCUAGCUUCUGAUUUAAAAACUGAAACCUUUUUGGCUUGUCUAAAACGAUUUAUUUCGCGUAGAGGUGUUCCUACUGACAUCUAUAGCGACAAUGCGUCAACUUUUAGGAGCGCAAGCAGUCAAUUAAAUAAUUUAUAUAAAUUGCAAAGCUCAAAUGAACAUCAGGCGAAACUUCAUGCUUUUUCAUCUCAACGAGGUAUAACUUUUCAUUUUGUCCCUUGUUAUUCUCCAACAUUCGCAGGGUUAGCUGAAGCAGGUGUCAAAAGUAUGAAGUUCCACUUGAAAAGGGUUGUACAAACGGCAAUACUUACCUAUGAAGAAUUAAACACAGUUCUUUGUCAAAUAGAAUCUAUUUUAAAUAGCAGACCUCUAAUGCCACUUUCAAGUGAUAUAAAUGAUUAUUCUUGUCUCACACCUGGUCACUUCCUUAUAGGUACAGCGUUAAACGCAUACCCUGAAUCUGGUGAGCCUGUUGUCAUUGUUAAUAGAUUGAAGUUCUGGAAGCAGUGUAGUAAUAUCACUAACUCUUUUUGGAAAGUGUGGAGCAAACAAUAUCUUAACAUUUUGCAGACGCGUUCCAAAUGGAGAGAUAUCCAACCUAACGUUCAAGUAGGUACACUUGUGUUGCUUAAGGAGGACAGCACUGCCCCUAUGCAGUGGCCACUUGCUAGAGUCAUUCAAACGUUUCCCGGUAAUGACAACAGAGUUAGAGUAGUAGAGGUAAAAACUGCUAAUGGUAGAACUCAUAAACGGUCAGUUGUAAAAAUAUGCCCACUUCCAAUAGAAUAACCAAGUAAUUGUAUUAGUUAUAAGAUGGCAUAAUAUAGUUAUAAGCUGUUUAUAUGUGUGUAUUAAAAAUAUAAUUUACUUAGUAUUAAGUUACUAUUUGCUACAUAGUAAAUUUAAAGAGUAAAAUUACCUUAAGCUUACCUUUGUGUGUGGUUUUUAUUCUAUGAUAAGAAAAUAUUAUUUUAAAUUAAGGCUAAAUGUUCCUAUUGUUGAUUAUUCUUGUGUUAUAGGCUAACAUGCAGCUUUUUGUUUUUCCCUUUAGGUGGGAUAUUGCUGUUCUCAGCAGCAAAUAAGUAAUCACAAUAAUAUUGUGUCAUCUCAUUGCUUAUCUGUAAGCUAACAUUGCAUUGUAUAGAUAGACACUAGGUUUGUAAAAUUAAAACUCAUAACGUUAUCAUUUCUUUUCAUGAUUUAUUGCU